AUGGUUUACAACGUACUUCCCGAGGAGAGUGAGCCCAAGGUCACAAGCCACAUCAACGGCAGCACAGAAGAGGUCCUCGCCAGACUAUGCAUAACAGAGCUCUGCAAAGGAUGGCCAGUAUACAGAGAUGCAUCUGAAUGGCAGAACUAUCGGUCCCUCUUCACCAAGGAGGGUGCCUGGGUAUGGACUACAUGGUCGGGUGGUUUGACAAUCGAGGACUUCAUCGCAGUCUCGAUAAAAGGCCGAGCCAACGGCGAUUUUAUUAUGCACCGAGAGAACGGCACACUCGCCAACGUCAACCUGGCCAAGCAACGUGGUAUCGGAAAGAUGAAGGCCACCAUCACCCAGCGCAUGAACCUCCACGGCAUCCCAGUCGACGUCGAGUGUGAUUGCCGAUUCAUCUUCUUCGCCCUGAUCGAGGACGGCGAAUGGAAGGCGCGCUUCGUCAAGCUCUUCUACGAGAAGGACAAGAUCCUCGCCGUUAACGGCAAGCUACCAGAAAUCCCAGAGUCGGAGCUGGAUAAAUACACUGAGGGAUACAAAUAUCUUGGCUAUGCACAGUCUACACUCGGCCACAAGAUCUUGCACGACCUGCCAAAUGCCAACAAUAAGGGGUUCAAGGACAUGUACCAGGCAAUGGCUGACUGGUUGGACGGCAAGGAGAUUGAUUUGUUCUGGGAGCACAAGUAA